AGUGCCGACUGCCUCUCCAGCCGCUGGAGUCGCGGCUAUGUUUGGCGGCUGUUUGAAAGUGCGGCAGGGGAGGAGCGGAUUAUUUAUAAGGGCUGACAGGCUGGAGCAACUCUUCUAGUUGCUGCUUGGUCUCCUUUGUUCUAUGUCUUUCUCGUCGUGCUGAGCCCAGCCGGUAGCGUGGAGCGAGCCGGCCUGGUGGAUCUGUUUCCACCGUUGCACUAGCGCCACUGAGGUCGCCAUUUUUACCUCCUCCCUACCCCAGACCCUUUCGGCCGGGCUCGCUGCGCCACGGAGUGAAGGCGCUUCGGCGGUGGCAGCAGGCAGUGUUCGGCGCUCAGCUGCGGCAGGGGAGUCGGCCGGAAGGGCGAAGAGAGAGGCUAAUGCCGCUCCUGCCUGUUGCGUGUGACUACUCGGCCAUCACCAGCCUCCUCCAUUGAUUUCGUCUUCAUUCUCUUCUACCCCUCCCCAACGUCGUGAGGAAGGGGCACGGGACUCCCGAAAGGAGGGGAAGAAGGUGCUGAGGAGAGGUAGACGAGGAGAGACUGCCACUGCGGACAGCGAUUUAAAGGAUGCCUUUUUUUGCCUCCCUCUCCUUGAAGCCAGCCAGACAAUAUUUGCAUUUGAAUGGGAAAACCCUAAAAGUGGACGUAAAACCCAGCUCACAUGGACGGUGCUGCCACAAGGAUUUAAGAAUAGCCCGACAAUAUUUGGAAAUCAGCUUGCUAAAGAUCUUGAAUCUUGGGAAGCCCCACCUGAUGAGGGACAGAUGCUACAAUAUGUGGAUGACAUCUUGAUCACCACCAAAACAAAGGAGACGUGCAUAACUUGGACCGUAAGUUUACUGAAUUUUUUGGGGCUCCAAGGAUACCGGGUAUCACGGAAGAAAGCCCAGAUGGUACAGCAACAAGUAACUUAUUUGAGCUAUGAAAUUAGUGCAGGGCAGAGGACCCUGGGACAGGCUCGAAAGGAGGCUAUAUGCCAAACUCCAAAGCCUCAAACUGUAAAAGAAUUAUGGACCUUUUGGGGCAUGACAGGGUGGUGCCGGUUGUGGAUCUAUAAUUAUGGAUUGCUUGUCAAACCACUGUAUGCACUAAUAGCCACAGAUCAGAAACACCUGCAGUUGAAUAAAGAAGCUACAAGAGCCUUUGAAGGACUAAAAAGAGCUUUGAUGUCAGCCCCCGCUUUAGGACUCCCAGAUGUGAGUAAACCAUUUAUUCUUUCAUGAGAAGCAGGGAAUAGCCUUGGGUAUACUGGCACAGGAUCUUGGCCCAUACUGAUGAGCAGUGGCCUAUUUCUCCAAAAAAUUAGAUGCAACUGCAAAAGGGUGGUCUGGAUGCCUGCAGGCAGUUGCAACAGUGGUACUGAACAUACAGGAGGCCCGGAAAUUUGCCAUGGGUCAGAAAAUGACUGUGCUAGUAUCCCACACAGUGUCUACAGUCCUAGAAGCAAAAGGGGGACAUUGGCUUUCCCCACAAAGAUUGCUCAAAUAUCAGGCUAUAAUGGUGUAACAGGAUGAUUUAGAAAUCAUCAUCACUAACAUUGUCAAUCCAGCUUCUUUCCUCAGUGGUAACAAUGGAGAACCAGUUCAUCACGAUUGCCUGGAAACCAUCGAAGCAACAUACUCCAGCCGACCAGAUCUAAAGGACAGUCCUAUGGAAAAUGCUGAAAACUGGUUUACAGAUGGAAGCAGCUAUGUCCUGAACGGUGAAAGGCGUGCUGGUUAUGCUAUAACCACUAGCCAUGAAGUGAUGGAAUCUGGACCUCUACCUAAAAGUACUUCAGCACAGAAGGCAGAAAUAAUCGCCCUUAUUUAUGCUCUGGAACUAGCUCAAGGUAAAAUGGUUAACAUCUACACUGACUCCAAGUAUGCUUUUGGGGUCAAACAUGCGCAUGGAGCAAUUUGGAAAGAAAGAGGACUCUUGAACUCUCAAGGAAAACAUGCCAAACAUGCAAGUGAGAUAUUGAAAUUACUGGAAGCAGUUCAACUUCCUAAGAAAGUGGCAAUCAUGCAUAUCAAGGCACACCAGAAAGUGUGCUCGGAAUUGGAAAAAGGGAAUGAGCUGGCGGACAGAGAAGCAAAAUGGGCAGCUAAGCAAAAGGUAAAAGUACAAAGUGCCCUAGUCCCAGAUGGACAGGUUUCUUUAGAAGUUUCUUGCAGAAAACAGUUUGGAACCACAAUGGGAAGGUCCAUUUCAAGUCCUCCUGACAUCCUUCACCAUUAUCAAGAUUAAAGAACAGAAUGCCUGGACCCAUCAUUCUAGAGUGAAGAAAACCUGGAAAACACCAUGGAGGGUAACCCAGGUUCACAUAACGUUAGGCAUCAAAGAAGCAUAUGUAACACUUGUGUGGUGCUGGGACCAGUCUUCUGAAAGAAAACUCAAAAAUAACUCUUCAACCUGUUUAUUCUGGGACUGACUUUUCUUUGGAAAAAAGCUCAACAGAGAAACUUUUCACACUGGAACCAUUAUAAAUAAAUCUGUCUAAAGAACUUGCUACCUGGAGACACUUUUGCAAAGACUGAAUCCUGCUUUUCAUCUGUGUUUGCACUUCAGACUGUAAACAAUGAGUGAGUUCUGGUUGUGUUUCAACUGCUGUAUUGCAGAACAGCCUCAGCCUAAAAGACGACGGCGGAUUGACCCAAGCAUGAUUGGGGAGCCAACAAACUUUGUUCACAUGGCUCAUGUAGGAUCAGGAGACCUAUUCAGUGGAAUGAACUCGGUGAGCUCAAUUCAGAACCAAAUGCAGUCCAAGGGAGGCUAUGGAGGUGGCGUGUCUGCAAAUGUUCAGAUGCAGCUUGUAGACACUCAGGCAGGAUAACCUUGGGGAAACCUUUCUAGUUUAUGUGAGUUCCUGUAUCUUCUUUCUUCUGUUGCCUUGGUGACUGCUUUGUGUUCAUGAUGAGAGAAGUGAUGGCUCAUUUUUCAUAUUUUGUGAUUACUCUGGUGAAAAGUUGCUGUUCUGCUCUGAUGGUGCCAUUUAUGAGAUUGGUCUUACCAUGCCUUUCAGUGACAUGCACACAUUUACCUCCUACCAGCAGUAUGGAUGUAGAGCUGUUUAGGAUUGGUUUUAACUGUUUAUUAAAGCACCAACCUUAGCUUCCAUCAUCAAUACCUAAUGCACAACAUCCUGUUACUCUUUAUUCUUAAAAUAUUUUCUCAUCAAGUAAUUUAAAAAUGAAUAUGUUUCCAUUAAUAUUUUUAAUCUCUCGUUAUGUUGUCACUAAAGUAUGAGUCCAUUCCCAGUGUGCAAUGAGCCAAUCUUACACACAGAGAUGAGAUAUUGUUUAUUACAGUUGCACAAGUCUGCAUAAUAAAACAAAGCCAGCAUGCCAGCAACAAAAGUCACCGGUUAUUAUAUACAAAAUCUUAUCACUACAUUCACACCCUCAGGGCAGUCCUAAAUGGCUGAUUGGUUACACAUUUGCAUAUUGGUUACACAAUCAUUUUACUACUGUGCAUGUUCCCUGAGGAGGGGUCUCAGGCUGGGCCUGGGUCUUCACUCUUGUGGGUGUGAUUUUUAGUAUUAUAAUGAGCAUAUGAGAAAAGUUAAUCUAAAGGACACUUUAUCUGACAAUCUUGAGAUAUAUGUUAAACAAGACUCAACUAAUUGUGCAGGUUCCAGGAUGUCUAAGCUGCAAGGACAGGAGCUCCUGAUAUGGAGUUCUUCAAAUCACUCUUACCUUUGUUAAAAGAGCAGACUGACCAGAAACUUGUCCACUGAUUUACUAUUCUUGGGUUAGUAAUUGCUGACAGGAUUUACAUAUCUUUAGAUUAGCAAUUGCUGACAGGCUUAAUUCUUUUAAGUGGUAAUGACUACAAUUGUUCAUAUCCAUUUUUUAAAGGCCUAGGUCCUGCAAGCACAAGUUAUUAUUUCAUACAAAAUAAGCAGAAUAGAUUGCCGCUUGCUUUGUGGAGUUGAUUUGUAUGGUGGCCUGUUCGAUGACAGAAACAAAUUAAAUAGCUUACUGCAGCCUGAUGAUCCUGUUGGUGAAAAAAUUUAGUUGUGUCAUGCCUGUUUCUAAAAAAGGACUUGUAUCUUAUCUGCUUCAGAGAUAGGUCUUUAUUUUAAGUUUUAUCCAACUGGUCUUGAAAUAAUAAAGAGAGAACUUGCAUUCAUAAGGCUUUUUUUUUUAAUAAAUGUUCAGUAUAUUUAUUUUGAAAGAGCUGACCUCAAAACUGUAAACCGAUGUAGUAUCUAAGUAUUGUAGAAGUGCUUUAGUCUAUUUAAAACAAUAAAAGAAUUAUGUUUGGCUGCUUC